AUGAGAUCUGGCUAUAUUAAAAUUCAAAAUUUUUAUCUUCCAGCACACGCUCUCGGCUUUUUCCACGAACAAUCCCGGUGGGAUCGAGAUGAUUUUGUUGAAAUUCAAUUUGCCAACAUACUCCCCGGGUUUUUAAACCAAUUCCUCAAAUUUUCCUCUUCAUUAACCACAACAUUUGGAAUUAAAUAUGAUUUGGGUUCUGUGAUGCAUUACGAUGCUUUUGGAUAUGCUAAGGAAGGAAUGGCUACGAUACUUACUAAGGAUGUAAAUUAUCAGGAGACUAUAGGCCAACGUUUUCGUUUGUCAUUUGAUGAUGUUAGGAAGAUGAAUUUUGCUUAUUGCAAUGGUUAG